AUGGCAUCCAAAUCUGGAAUUAGUAAUGUGGCCGAAGAAUGGAAGAAAGGAGAAAUUAAUCUAGUAAAAGCGGCUAUGAAGAAACUUAGGAUUGCAGUACGAGGUGCAACAAAAGAAGAUUGGGAGAAGGUUAGGGUUGAAUCAGGAGUUAAAAGAACAUCUGAAGCAAUAAGAACAAAAAUUGGAAAACUGUAUAAUAAGGAAAUGGCAGAGAACAAAGCUACAAACACAUCAUCCAGUUCUGCCAACUCUGAAGACACAUCAUCCAAUUCUGCCAACACUGAAGACACAUCCUCCAGUUCUCUUCCAAACCUCCCACCUAAACCUGCCAACCACUCCAAAUCCCUUGGCACUAUAAGUCAUCGUUCCACUAGAGGUAAACCGAGCUCUUCUAACAAGGUGCUUAACACCACUCCACCCACCAAAAGAGCUAACCCUGAAAAUACUGAAAACAAAGAAAUACUUGAAGCUAUUUCAAAGUUACAAGCAGCUGUGGAUAAACAAAGAGCUAACCCUGAAAAUACUGAAGAAAUACUUAGAGCUAUUUCAAACUUACAAUCAGCUGUGGAAGUACAAUCCAAUGCUAUCAUGGGAAUUCAAGAAGAUGUGAUAAAAGUUCAUAAGAAAGUUGAUGAGCUCUCAAAUAAAGAAUCACACUUACAAUCAACUGUGGGAGUACAAUCAGAUUAUAUACUGGGAGUUCAAGAAGAUGUGAUGAUAGUUCGUAAGGAAGUUGCUAAACUCUUGAAUAAAGAAUCAAACUUACAAUCAGCUGUGCAAGUACAAUCAAAUCAUAUAAUGGGAGUUCAAGAUGACAUUAUAAUUGUUCGUAAUAGAGUUGCUGAACUAUCAAAUGAACAAUCAAAGAUACUAUCAGCUGUGCAAGUACAAUCAAAGAUACUAUCAGCUGUGCAAGUGCAAUCAGAUGCUAUAAUGGGAAUUAAAGAAGAUAUAACAAUGGUUCGAAAAGAAGUUGCUGAACUCGUCGACAAAAUUGCAGUUCAAAAAGGUUAA